AUGGGUGUGCUUGCCGACCUGAGCCGUCGCUAUUACUGCAACUGCAGCUCGGCCUGGUCCAGCUGGGGUCGCUGGGUCGCCUUUGCCGUCAUCGUCGGUGCUGCACUGUUAAUCUUCACUCUCUUCGCCUGUCUCUCUGCCCGUCGCCGUCGUUCCCGCGGCCUGAAUCCAUACUACGGAACUUCCUGGAUGGCGCCGCCCCCCUAUCGCCAGCAAGACUAUCAAUACCCUCCACCACCGCAAUAUCAGAACACCGAUCCCAACCAAGGCUACUACGCGCCGCCGCCUCCACAAGAGCAAGGCCAUUAUGCCGGUCAGCAGAGCGGCAUUGAACUGCAACAACCGCCCAGCACGUAUCACGGUGGAGAGCACGUCUACUCGCCACCACCUGGACCGCCGCCAGGGAAGAACUAG